UAAAAAAACGCUUUUGGUCCCGGUCCGUGGAGUCGCCGUUUUUGAGUGGUGAUUUGUUGGUGAUUCCAUCGUGUGCCGGAGUUUCGAUUGCUGUCCAUACCGGCUCUCGUUAGUAGCGUGACACUGUGACAUGGCAUAGAGAAAACUGUGAUUGUUGAGCUCGGAAAAUUGUGCAGUUGGGUUAGCAAACGCGGAUAAAGAUAUCCCAAAAAAGGAUGCUCCAAGUGAUUAGUGGUGGUGGAUAGCGAAACAGGCGUGCCAGGUGUGGCAUCCGCGAGAUAACUGAUACGAGUAUGUGUUAAUUAAAGUACGCCAUAAAUAGUGACAUCGAUCAUCCACUUGCUGCAAUUAAUAGGCCCACUCCACACCGGUUUCCCUAUUGUUCCCGCCAGGCAAAGGAGCUGCGCCAGCAGUCGAGCAGUAGCAUUCCGUGUUCCUUUCCCGGCGUGUGUCUCUUGUGCGUGUAAUUGCAAAACAAAACAGGUUGGGGCGUGUGUGUGUGUGUAUGUGGCAAUAAACGUGAUCUAAUGUCAACACGGCAGGCAGAAAACAAUUUCCAGCAUUUUCCCCGUGCGGUCUAUUUGUUUACACGGUUCGAUUGUUGCUGAUACAUGUCUGUUUGCUAAUCGUGUCAUAUUGAGAGAGGCUCGCUGCUCGUUCGACAUCACCUUUAAUCACCGAAUUGCAUGUGCCGGAUCCUGUUUGCUCAAUGCGUUUUGCCGUGCGCAUCAAGUGCGUGUGUGUGUGUAAGUGUUGUGAUUUAGGGUUUGAAAAUUGUGGAAAACUUGAAGGCAAAAAAUUAUAACCACAAAAGUUUUACUAAAACAAAGUGAUAAUAGUGCUGAGUGCAUUGCAUCUUGACAGAUAUCGACGAAAAGAUUCUCAAAACGGAAGAUUCCCCCGAGUGUUUAUCUGGCUUGUUAACGUGCGAAGAUAACGUGCAGUGUUACAGUGUGCAGCGCUGGUGUAAAAUGUUCUUGUACGAUCGUUACCGCCAAGUGCCAGCGUACGUGAGCUAUGUAUCCGUGGUAUAGAGAAGCCCAGCUCAGCGUAGGACAACUCUGCAGUCCCCUGGCCGGACCGACACCGAUAAAGACCGAGAACAACUACAGCGAUUGUAUGCUGGCAGUGGAUUUCCCAAACAAGAAACCGUCGAACGCAUUCCCGUGGCUGUCCGAGGCGACCAAUAACAACGACUAUAGCAAGGGCAACAAUAAUCACCACGGAACCCCACCCCACCUACACCACCCACACCACCCGCACCACCAUCACCACCACCACCAUCCGCACCACUCCCAUCAUCCUCAUCUCCCUCAUUCGGCCGCCGGAAGUCAGUCAAAUCUUGGUGCCUCAGGCAGUUCAAGCAGUUCACUAACUCCCGGCAACUGUCGGCACGGACAUCCCGAAGACACCAAGUGUCGAUCGCUAAACUGUGGCCCACCACAGUCCCCGUCGGCCGCGUCCGCUAGCCUAGCAGCAGCAGCGAACGAGGGAGCUACUCCCGACUCCGGCAGCACAACGGCGACCGCCACGGCUAUCCCGAACUUUAACCAGAUGCCCGUGCCGGGCGGUGUGCAGGGCCAGAACCCGACCCAGGGCCUCGUGCACUGGAUGAGCGCGGUAAUGGCCGAACACAUGACCUCGAACCCGCAUCACGAUCCGGCCGCCGUCGGGAUGCACUACAUGUGGAAUGGACCGGUCGAGCAAUGUGGACAGCACACGAAGGAUAUGGACACGUACGGUGGUUGGCCAACACCCCGAAACCCAAUGCCCAUGAAGCAAGGAUACGAGGCGAAAAUGAAUCCAGUCGAUCAUCACCACCAUCACCACCAUCACCAUCACAACAACCUGCAGAAAGGGCACAUGAUCGACGAUGGCCGGCUGCUCGAUCAUCACACUAUGCAAACGGGUGCUGCCCAGAUGAGCCAACUGUACGGAGCGCGCGGUUCGUCGAGCAGCAACUCACCGGGCGGUGGACUGGCUGGGCAUGGUGGCGGUGCCACGAACCCGGCCGCCGCCCUGCUCGUCGUACCUCAGCCCAUCAAUGCCACCAAGAUCGGUGCCAGCGGACUGCCGAACGGGACGGGCCGAAAGUAUCAGUGCAAAAUGUGUCCUCAGAUCUUCACCUCCAAGGCGGACCUGCAGCUGCACACGCAAAUUCACAUGCGUGAGGCCAAGCCCUACAAAUGCUCCCAGUGCAAUAAGGCGUUCGCCAACUCGAGCUAUCUGUCCCAGCACACGCGCAUCCAUCUCGGCAUCAAGCCGUACCGGUGCGAGAUCUGUCAGCGCAAGUUCACCCAGCUGUCCCAUCUGCAGCAGCACAUCCGGACGCACACCGGCGACAAACCGUACAAAUGUCGGCAUUCGGGCUGCCUCAAGGCGUUCUCCCAGCUGUCCAACCUGCAGUCCCACUCGCGCUGUCACCAGACGGACAAACCGUUCAAGUGCAACUCCUGCUACAAGUGCUUCUCCGACGAACCGUCGCUUCUGGAGCACAUCCCGAAGCACAAGGAGUCGAAGCACCUGAAGACGCACAUCUGCCAGUACUGUGGCAAGUCCUACACGCAGGAAACCUACCUGUCCAAGCACAUGCAGAAGCACGCCGAGCGGACGGACAAGCGGCCACCGAUCGGGGCGCGAAGCAGUAGCAGCACGGUCAACCUGAGUGCGUCCACGCCUGGAAGUAGCAACAGUUCGGGCAGUGGUAGCGCAUCGAACGGUGCUACGACGACGGCCGGCCCUGCCACCAUGACUGGGGAGAGCACCUUCUGGCCGAAGGUAAGCCCAGACUCGGCGGCGGCCACCAUCAACGAUGUCAUCAACCAGCAGAACAAUCAUCACGACUUCAGCUUGACUCCGAACGGUAGCGCAACGAACGGGAGCAAUGGAAGUACCGGCAAUGGGCCUAACGCGACCAAUGGCCCACAGUCACAGGGUGGAGGUAACACGGUGCAUGGGGCCGGGUCCGAUCUGGCCGGAGCACACCAUCAGCGGGAUGAUGCUGUCGAUGAGCUUGUUGGACCGGCUCGAGGGCCUCCCGAUAAUGCAAACACACCGAACGGAAGCUCCAACACUGGCCCCGGUAAUCAACCGGCUGCUCAGCAACAACAGCAACACAACGGAACGGCCACAACCAUGAACGGUAACCUCGCGAUCCCACCGGUCUCGACGCCCAUGUCCGCUAGCUACGACUCGAACAGCAUAGCGAAGGCCACCAGCAAUUCGGCCUUCACGCCGAUCAACGCGAUGCCACCGCAUCUGAACAGCCUGCAGCACCAUCACCAGCUCGCGACCCAACGGCCCUCCUAUCUGUACGAUGCCAUCAGCUUCCAGAACCAGAAGGCGGCCAUGGCGCAGAGUCCCUCGAACGCAUUCCCCAACCAGCUGAUCUCGCUGCACCAGAUACGCAAUUACGCGCAUCAACCGGCCGGUGGGCUAAUGGCCGGUGAGCAUCUGCUCGGCGUUACGGUCGGUCCGGGAGGCAAGGAUAAGGGUUAAAGACCUGACAGCUUCGCACGUUUUGUUCCCCCGAUGAUCCCGAUGAAAUUCCAGCUACCAUAGCAACUCCUAUUCCACCUGUGUACAUACCACGCUUGACGAUCGACCGAUCACGACCGAUCGACGGGUUGAGCUAUCCGGAACGGGCAAGCAACUGAGAGGCUAACAGAAAUAGGAUCUGAUGAUUCAGAUUCAGUCUGAUUCGAAGACUCCCUUACCGUUUGGAAAGGGGAGUUGAACCUUGAAUCAUCCUUGGGGGAUACAUCUCCCAACCCAUCUCGCUCCAGGACAUAUCUGUUAUCCCGUGCUCCUUAAACCCGUCGAACCCCUUAUGUUGCUGCAUUUAUUUAAACGAUUAUUUUACACCAAACUCUGUCUCUUCUGCUGUGUAGUGGAUUCUUUAGAUGUACAAGCAUUACCCUAAGCAAAACGCGACCUAAUAACGAGACACAAUUAACUGAACAGGACCGUCCAAAUGACUCCUAACGUCAAGCUGAUCGCUACUUUCCUUCCUGCCCGCUUUGUGUCCGCGGUGUCCGUGCGAGGUUUAGUUUCCUACAUACAACUGUGAUAAACCAGCAGGAUGGAUACAUCUUGCAAAAGAUUGCUCCAGUCUCGCUUGCGUUUCCUUCCUUUCCAGCCGUGUCCUUGCUAUUAUAUAUAUCUCGUCCCGCGUUUCCCCGAGUAAACUCCAAACAACCUACUUCAACUCCUUGAUAAGAUAAGAACAAAACCCCCGGCGUUGACUUGCGAUGUUUGAUUAGAGAUGUAAAAAAAAAUAACUUCGAUAGCUUAUUCCCGUUCACGCAACGAAAAGGAAAAGCAUUCUAGGGCUUGCAGGCAAACAAGGUUCCUCGUGUGAACUACUUGUGUAUGAGACGUAUACGUGUAAAAUUUAAUGUGAGCACUGCGUGCGUUUAGGUUACAAUCAAUGGUGCAGUAUUGACAUUUUCCCGCAUCAUCUUACUUCGCUCAUACUUACUUGCAAAUCAGAAACUCAAUCUCAAUCCCGAAAUCCAUUCCAUCGACAGGAA